AUGCUUGGUAAACAUAGGAAAAGAAGAAUUAAUCCUCCACUUUUUCCAGUUCAUCCAAAUGAAGAAAAGAAAAAAAAUUUGAAUAAUUUUAUAACAUAUAAAGAUUUGAAAAUAAGAUGGAGAAAUACUAGUAAGAAUUAUAGAAAAAAAGUAACAAUAGCACGAAAGUGGAAAAAUUUACAUUGUCUUUUACCAUCUAAUAAAAAUUCUUGCAUUUUUAUUUUACAUAAGAACUUACCAUUUACACGAUUUAAAAAGAAUAAUAGCAAUAUUGAAAAGGAUAACGUUGAUAUUUCUUUUAAAAAUAAAACUACUGAAGAACAAGUAACAUUAAAUAAUUCUUCUAAUUUAUUUAAUCAUAAUAAUAAAAAUAGUAAAGAACCAGAACAUUAUAAUAAUAAAAUAUGUGAAGAUAAACAAAGUAAUUCAAGUUUAAAAUUAGCAAAAAGUGAUAAUGAAAAUUUAACUUCAAGAAAUUCUGUUAAUUAUGAGAUAAAAGAAAACAAUAGGAACAUGGGAAGAAGAAAAAUAAAUAAUAUAUUAAGAUUAGAAAAACAAAGAAAAACAGUAGAAAAUAAUUCAAAUUUAUAUAAUCACCAAGAAAUAGAUACAAUAAAACAAAAUUAUUAUGAAAAACCACCAAAUAAUUUAAAAUAUUUACUUAAUAAUGAUAAAAAGGAAAUGUUUUGUAUUUUUAAAUCCAAUUUCAUUAAUGAACAUAAAGUAACAAUAGGUGAUAUCGUUCAAACAGAGAAAUUACACAGAAAAAAAGCUGGAGAUAUCGUAUACUUUGGUACUGUUCUUUUUGUAGGAACAAAGAAUUUUUCUAUUAUUGGUAAGCCAACUGUACCUUAUUGCAAAGUAAAAGCUGUAAUUGAACAAAUUACCUUGAGUAAAGAAAUAUUAAGUUUUCGUUAUAAAAAAGUUAGAAGAUCAAGUAGGUUUCUAAGAAUAAAGCAUUGGAUAACUAUUUUGAAAAUUGAAGAUAUUAUAAUUAAUUUGGAAAAUGAAAUAAAAGAUGAGAGAAUAAAACCCUUACAAAUUCUAGAUCUUUGGUCUAAUAGAUGGUUAUAUCAAAAAGAAUUAAAUUUUAUUAAAUUUGAUGAGAAUAAAAGACCUCUGGCUGAACAAAUUUUUAAUUUAAUUGAGCACCAACCAAAUACACUACAUAGAAGAGGAUUAACAGAAUGCUAUAGAUUUUAUCCUGAUCCUUAUAUUCCUCAAACUUAUUAA